CUUUCCAUCUCUCUAAUUCUCUUCCGGCGAGUCCGAGCGAGAGAGUGAGAGAGAGAGACAUACAAACACUGUAACACAAAUCCAGAAUUUCCAUAUAUUUUGGAAACACCAUCGGAAAAUAUGGAGUUCAAGGAUCGGAAAACUUUGCCAGUUUCCAAAUCUGGUAACGACGACGACCGUCGAAAUGUCUCCUCUCCGAUGACCAGAACCGGCGUUUACGCCGCCGUCUCUUACAUGGCUUGUGCAGUUCUUUUGAUCAUGUUCAAUAAAGCCGCUCUUUCAUCAUAUAAAUUUCCAUGUGCCAAUGUUAUUACUCUUUUCCAGAUGAUAUGUUCUUCAAUCCUUCUUUAUGCAUUAAGAUGUAGAAAAAUCAUUUCUUUCAGAGGUGAUAGUGAAAUCCCAAGCACAAAAAACAUUCCAGGGAUUUUCAUACCAUCAAAUACAUUGAUCAAAACUCUUCCUCUAGCAAUCUCGUAUUUACUUUACAUGUUGGUUUCAAUGGAAUCUGUUCGUGGUGUAAGUGUGCCCAUGUACACAACACUUAGAAGAACGACUGUUGCAUUUACAAUGAUCGUAGAAUAUGUUUUGGCUCGACAAAAAUAUUCUAUAUAUGUUAUUGGCAGUGUAGGAAUAAUCAUACUCGGUGCCUUUGUAGCUGGAGCUCGAGAUUUAUCAUUUGAUUCCUAUGCCUAUGCCAUUGUUUUUUCUGCAAACAUUUGUACUGCAAUAUAUCUAGCUUCAAUAGCGCGAAUAGGAAAAUCUAGCGGCCUCAAUAGCUUCGGCCUUAUGUGGUGCAAUGGGUUAAUAUGUACUCCAAUCUUGUUACUAUGGACAUGGGCCUGCGGUGAUCUUCAACUCACCGCAAACUUCUCUUACUUGUCAUCUCCUGGAUUUCAGGUUGUCAUGCUUUUGUCAUGCGUCAUGGCUUUCUUGUUGAAUUAUGCGGUUUUCUUGAACACAACUUUAAACUCGGCUGUUACACAAACAAUAUGUGGAAACUUAAAGGAUCUUUUCACAAUCGGACUUGGGUGGCUUCUCUUUGGCGGUCUUCCAUUUGAUUUGUUGAAUGUGGUUGGCCAAUCUCUCGGGUUUCUUGGAUCUUGUACCUAUGCAUUUUGCAAAAUCAAAGGGUUGUAACCCGAUAGAAGAAGGAUAAUUAUGUGUAAAAAAGGUUCGUUUGUAGCUUCACAUAAUAGACAAUUUUGUUGGAUCAAAAGCCAAGUGCGGAUAUAUCUUGUUCCUUGUUAGUUUGCCUCUUAUCAACUCAUUUGUUUAGAUAUUGUUUUUGUUGUGAAUGAUUGUUUUUUAUCCAACAAAUCUUAAUUAUUUAAUUUUCCCAGCCCUUAGUUGUUUACA